AACACACUUCCUUUUUUUCUAACAGACAUUCUUCUCCGACUCCAACUGACGGUCAUCGCAGUACACGCUGUUCGCAGCAGAAAGAAACUGAUUUAAUUACGUCCCGAAAAGGAAUCGAGAUGUUUUACACAUGUGGACCCAAUGAAGCUAUGGUGGUGUCUGGCUGUGGCCGUUCUCCACCAUUGAUGAUUGCUGGAGGAAGAGUGUUUGUCUUCCCUUGUAUCCAGAAGAUCCAGAGAAUCACUCUGAACACCCUCACUCUGAAUGUGAAGAGUGAUAAAGUCUACACUCGCCAUGGUGUCCCCAUCUCAGUCACUGGGAUUGCACAGGUGAAGAUUCAGGGUCAGAACAAGGAGAUGUUGGCCGCGGCCUGUCAGAUGUUCAUGGGAAAGUCUGAGACUGAGGUCACUCAGAUUGCCCUUGAGACGCUAGAGGGCCAUCAGAGAGCCAUCAUAGCUCAUCUGACUGUCGAGGAGAUAUACCAGGACCGUAAGAAGUUCUCUGAGCAGGUCUUCAAAGUGGCCUCCUCUGAUCUGGUCAACAUGGGGAUUGGGGUUGUCAGCUACACCCUUAAAGAUGUCCAUGAUGAUCAGGAUUACCUCCACUCUCUGGGUAAAGCCCGAACAGCCCAAGUCCAGAAGGAUGCCAGGAUUGGAGAGGCCCAGUAUAAACGUGAUGCUGUUAUCAGGGAGGCCCAUGCAAUGCAAGAGAAGGUGUCUGCUCAGUACAAGAACGAGAUUGAAAUGGCAAAAGCUCAGAGAGACUACGAGCUGAAGAAAGCAUCCUAUGACAUCGAGGUGAACUCCAAGAAGGCCGAGUCGGAGAUGGCCUACCAGCUCCAGGUGGCCAAGACCAAGCAGCGCAUUGAGGAGGAGAAGAUGCAGAUUCAGGUUGUGGAGCGUACGCAGCAGAUCACCCUGCAGGAACAGGAGAUCACCCGCAAAGAAAAGGAGCUGGAGGCUAAAGUGAAGAAGCCAGCAGAAGCGGAGAAAUACCGAAUGGAGAAGAUUGCUGAGGCUUAUCGCCUGCAGCUUAUCAUGGAGGCUGAGGCUGAGGCAGAGUCAAUUAAAAUGAAGGGUGAGGCCGAGGCUUUCGCUCUGGAGGCUAAAGGCCGCGCCGAGGCUGAGCAGAUGGCCAAAAAGGCUGAGGCUUUCAAGCAGUACAAAGAUGGAGCAAUGGUGGAUAUGUUGCUGGAGAAACUUCCUCUGAUGGCUGAGGAGAUCAGCAAGCCAUUGGCGAAGGCCCAGAAGAUCACCAUGGUGUCCAGUGGUGGCUCGGAUGUAGGAGCAGCCAAACUUGCUGGAGAGGUGCUGGACAUCAUGACCCGGGUGCCAGAAGCUCUGGAGAAACUCACAGGAGUCAAUAUAUCACAGGCUACUGCAAAGUCACCACGUGUGCGUUAACCGGAGGGAUCAUCGGGUCAUC